UGAACCUUCAGUUCCUAGGAGUUUGACUUAUUUGACGUAUACGAGGGAAAAGUUGUUGAAUGUGACCAAUUUAAGAGUAAUUUAAUCUUUAAACUAAAAAAGUUUUAACCAGUCAAAAACUCAUUAUAUUUAUAACGCCAAUACGUUCCAAGUUUUAAGAGGCAGGGAAAACAUUAAAUAUCGCCCACUAACAUAUUGUAGUGAACAGAUAAUUUAAAUCAGGCAGGUUAUUAGCAACAUAUCAUACAUAUUAUUGCACGAAUUUAAUUUUCGGAAACCAAUUUCCUUGCUAGUUUGCACAAGGACUUAUUUACUUUUAGCCAUGAGGUUGUGCAGUUUUCUAAGAAGUGUGCAAAUCUUUACAAUUCCCAUCAUAUUAAUCACAGUGACUAGGUUUGUUAACGGGAGUCCCACGUUGGAUCAAUAUGAAACCAGGUCGAAACAGUCGAAUUUUUAUGAAACGCAAACCCAACAUGUUCGACCCCCUGUUGUGUCGUUUUCCCUUCCGAUAAUUGACCCUAUUUUGUCCACGGAAGAAGAAUAUGGAUGGGAACGACGACAAGGUCGAGAUUCUGCCAGCAUCAAAAGCGACGGCCAGACGGUGAAAGAUUUCCCUUCAACGGAUGGGGCGACUUACUCUGCGGUUUCCUCCGAUAACUCGGGGAUCAGUUCGACCUACUCCGAUCUGAAUAAUGACCCCUCGUCUUCUUCCGCUGAUGGCCAAUGUGUUACCACGUCUUCUUCAGAGAAUGAAUGUUCCACGACUAUUGGUAACGAUAACUUGUUAGAUAGCAUCUCUUCUUCUGGGAGUACUUCCUCCUCAGGAGAUUAUUUCGCUAAGGACGAUGAUUACGAGGAAAAGCUAGGUGACUAUUGUAUGUCGACAUGCCAAACUCCAUGUUAUUUUAGGUAUGGCAAGUACCAGCCUCGUACACCUCCUCAAAGGCAUUUUCAACCGAAAAAGGGGUACCACCCUCGACCUGCACCUCGCCAUUAUCCAAGACCACUUCAACACAUCUACCACAUGGGCAAAAAGACACACCUCUACAUUUCUCCUCCUGUAUACGACCACAAACGUCAUCAGUCCAAGCUGCAUAAAACGCCCAGCAAACAUUUCUACAAGAAAAAUCCCCCAAAAUAUAAUUUCUCCCAUAAAAAUAUGAAAGGACGUCAUUAGCUUGUUGUUAAUCUCCAUUCGCAAAACUAUGUAUAUACAUAUCUAAGUGCAUGCUCGAAUUAAAUGUUUAGAGAUAUUUAUAAGAGAGAUAUUAAAAUUAUUCAGUUUAAUAUUGUUCGUUUGGAAAUAGAUAAUUUUAAAUUGGGUCUGAUUAGUAAAAUUGUGAUUUAAUGAAAACAAAUAAAUUCAUGAAAAACUUGAAA